GAAGUAUAUUUCCACUGGAGAGAGACUGGAUGUUCUUCUUUUCUACAAUCAGCUCCACCCAGUGCUCCUCACUAAUACUGAGACAUGAUUGGAGCAGAGAGACUCAUCCUCAUUGGCUGCCUGCUGCAAGGAGCCCUGGGCAGAGAGUGGGCAGUCUGGAUGCCUCAGAGUAUAGACGCUCUGAGUGGAUCCUGUGUGCUGAUUCCCUGCAGAUUUGAAAUGCCAGAAUAUCACUCUAACUAUGGGUCUACCUAUGAUAACUUGCUGAAACGCUAUCCAGACUCCGUUACAGGACUAUGGCGUAAAGAUAGAAGAACAGUGUUUGAUUCCAGAAGCCAAUCUGAAUCUCAUCUGAAAGGAAGGAUCACUGGAAAGCUUUUGCAGAAGAGGUGCACUACAGUUCUGGAGAACCUUCCUCAGUAUUAUAGUGAUCAAUAUUACUUCAGAUUAGAAACCUCUUAUUUCCAAUUGAAUUUUCAUCCAGCUGUUCAAAUUAUUAUCAAAGACUCUCCACCCAAACCCAAGUUAACCCCAGAGAAGGUGGAGGUGAUGGAGGGGACCUCUGUGAAUUUGAGCUGCUCUGCUGCAGCCCCCUGUCCCAAACUCCCCCCAAAUCUGACAUGGACCCCCAGGCUGAGUGAGAGUGUGGAUCAACUGCAAGAGAAUGAGGAUGAAACCAAAUCUGUGUCUUCUGAUCUUAUCUUCACUGCUUCCCACCUCCACCAUGGGCAGAAGAUCACCUGCAGGGCACUUUAAACACUGCAACAAGGAGGCAAUCAGACGUCUGAGGCCAGUCUGACUCUCAAAGUCCGAUGUAAAACAGCUAUUUCACAAUUAUUCUUAGAUUGAGUAAAUCAAGGCAUUAUAAUAAUAAUUGUAAUAAUAAUAAUAAUAAUAUUUUUUCAAGCUGUUCCCAUGCUUAAUACAUUGUACAGAAUUAGCAACAAAAACAUAUUGCAUUUGUAUUCUCAUAUCUCUUAGAUCCUCCAAAGAACACCUCAGUGUCAGUCAGUCCCUCUGGUUCAGUGUUAGAGGGCCGCUCAGUGACUCUGACCUGCAGCAGUAAAGCCAGGCCACCAGUGCAGAACUACACCUGGCAUAGUGACAUCCAACUCUGCAUCUGCCACCCUCCUUUCAUCUCUC